AUGGAAUGGGACGUUGUUGCCUUUACAGUUCGAUAUAAUCAACCGCGGAAGGAUGAGAUUGAGCAUACUGUAAAAUGGCUGCAAAAAUGUGGCGUUUUCUCGACCGAUCUACUGCUUGUAAUUGAAGACCCAUGUGCGGAUAUUGGAUCUGGAGGAUCGACGCUGAAUGCCUUAUUGAUUUUGGCCGAACAACUCUGUUCGUCUCGCGGCUAUACCGUGCUCACCGAAGAUGUCCUCCGUGGGGCCAGGAUUUUGAUUUUGCAUUCGGGCCCGUCAUCCACGGAAUUCCCGCUGGGCCCAGCUUUUUCCUCCCAGGGAUCCCUCCGAAGACUCGAAAAUGGAAAUUUUGUUGCUGAUAUGCCAAUCGUGCAGUUGUUCGAGAAUGUGAACUGUCUAGCUCGAGGCCAUGAUCCUCUUACAUGGGUGCUCGGUACAGAAGCUUAUUGGAAACUGGACAAGAAUUGGGCCGCGCUGAAGCCUGAUGCUUUAUCAAAUCAUCAUAUCACGGCUUUUACACUCCAGGCCGACGACGAGUUGGCUCGUAGCCACGGCGUCUACGAUUGUGAUCAACACAACUUUGUGAUAGACAUCCAUUUCCGGGACCCACCACUUCGGAGCUUUCAUAUGUUGUGUCUCUCGGCUAUUGGUAUGCCUCCCGCCAUAUCCACCGCCCUCCUCUCACUCCAUACCACAUAUCCAAUCUCCUCCUCAACUUAUUACGGGCUUGACACGGGCGCCAUUGGAUUUAAGCUCUCUCUAUUUUUCGACUUCAUCCUAGCCGGCUGCUCCUCGCUAGAGCAAUUCCUAGCUAUGCCAAUUGUCGAAGGGAAAUGUGAUACGCAUCCGGAUCUAGUCAAAAUGGCACGCCGUAUGGUGCACCAAAAAUUAGGCGGAUAUCGUACCCGAGUUGAAUUCUUACCCAUCGCUCUUUUCCAUUAUUUUGGUGAUGAUGGCAGAACCAAACAGAAUUACUUGGAUUAUUGUUGUAAGCCGGAACAUAUGGGAAUGGAUUUCAUUGAUCUGUUUGCCCACGGUUUUGAAGAACUGCUGCGCCAAGCUAAUCAAAUUGACGCAGAGGUACCCUCAUUCCAUGCGUAUCUAUCCCCAAUGGCAAAAGCUGGUCUGAAGUGGAGCUCGAGAUGUUUAGACGUUUUCAAGAAAUUUGCCAUCGAAAGUGACCUCAAGUAUGUUAGCCGAAUUUUGACGCUAUGUGCCACCUAUCUAUCCUUGUUAGCCGAAGGGAAAGGAGGAGUACGAUCGGGCCCGGCCGCAAACAGCGAAUUUAUCCCGGCACUGGAAAUGCUCAAAAAUCCAAAUAAGCAAACUGAGGGCCUAGAAAAACUCUUUGAAGUUACGACCGGAUGGAUAGACGAGAAAACCAGGAUGAUAAGAGCUGCCCGCCAUCUCGAGGCGGCCGCCCAGGUGUUCGCAACCCGGAGGAUUAAGGAAAUUUGCAUGCCGAUGAUUCCGAUCCUGUCUUCCGCCGUGAAGAAGCCAGAGUUUAAGAAAGUUACGGUCAGCGCCUGCGCUCGCGUGGAUUUGUAUGGAGGAUGGCUAGACACCCCGCCAAUCACCCUAGACAUUGCAAAAAGCGCUGUUGUGAAUAUGGCGAUAGCCGUGGACGGCAGGAAACCACUACACGCCUCUGUAGAACGACUCUUCGAUAUCAGUGGUUUGAUCGUCGAAAUAUCUGGAGAAGAACAGCUCAUCUUCGCCUCCGUCGAAUCAAUCUUCGAGUCACACGACAAGCCAAAUAGGCCUGGGAGUUUGAUUUGCGCGUGUCUUGUAGCUACUGGCCUAUUCAAUAGUCCAAAAACCCUAUCUGACAUCCUACAAACCCAUUACGGUAUCACAACAACUGGUCUGAAAAUUGCGUGCAAAAGUGAGCUGCCUCACGGCUCAGGCUUGGGUACGAGUAGUAUACUCGCUGGAGCGCUGUUAGCAGCGAUAUGGAGCAGUUUAGGAGUGGAAUAUACGCUAGAUCACAUCAAUCAUACCGUGCUUUACAUUGAGCAACUUCUGACGACAGGUGGCGGCUGGCAAGACUCGAUUGGAGGCCUCAGCCCUGGCCUGAAAAUCACGCACUUUCAGACAGAAGCUCCUGAUGGCAAGCACUUUUUGACAAGAACCAUAGACUUGCCAGAGAAGCUCCGUAAUGAAAUGCAAAAUCGUUUUGCCCUGGUGUACACCGGGAAGACAAGGUUGGCAAAGAACUUGUUGCAGGAGGUAAUCCGAAGCUGGGAAACCCAUGAUGGAGAAGCAGUCGAAGCGAUUCGAACUAUGCAAAGAAAUGUGGAUUUGACAGCUGAGAAAUUAGCUGAAGGCACCUUCCCAGUCACUUUUAUCGCCGAGUAUUUCCAGGCCAAGAAAAAAUUGGCCGCUGGUUGCGAACCCAAUACGGUCGGAAAAUUCAUCAAAGAGGCAUGGGAUAAGAAAUUGAUUGAAAUUGCGUGGCCAGCCGGCGCGGGUGGUGGAGGCUUUUUCUAUGUAUGGCUGCAGGAGCGUGCCUCGAUUACCGGUUUGGCAGAGUUUUUGGAGGCAAAAAGACAUAAGUACCCAGGCUUCGCCGUUUCCCGAGCUGCUAUUGAAGUUGAUCCCAUGCGCAUAGGGUUUGAG